CAGGUUGCCGCUGUGCCUUGGGUGGUUAGGUCCCUGGCCCAGGAACUUCUGCAUUCCUGGGAGGUCGGGGAGGGGGGUCCCCAAGAUUGCAACAGGCUCAGCAGCUGGCUGGAUGCUGACUUCAUUGUAAUUGCAGUUUCCCUUUCCAGGAAUAAAACAGCUAAUGUUUCUUUGCCAGUCCAGACACAUAGCCUCUCCUUAAGUUCCUCUUCAUUAAUUAACAUGAAGACAACAAACGUGGUGACUAAAGUUGGAGUCAAAGACUUUUAAAGGACCCUGGCAUCUCUGGUCUAACAAGGGAAUCAGGACAGAGCCACCACCACUCAGCCCGGUUUCGCACACGCCCAACGAUGACUUCGGUCCCAGGCUAACCAGCAAGGCCAUGGGCGCUGAGAGAGCCUGCCAGAGCCAGCCAUGCACCUGGCACCUCCUCGCCCUAGUCCCCGUCUUCCUCAGCCUGGCGGCCUCCCUGGACUGGCAGGCCGCCCACAGCCAUGACCCCUUCGAGAAAUGCAUGCACGAUCCUGACUACGAGCAGCUGCUCCGAGUCGUGACCUUGGGCCUCAAUCGGACCUCGAAGCCCCAGAGGGUGAUUGUGGUUGGUGCAGGUGCAGCUGGACUGGUGGCCGCCAAGGUGCUCAGCGAUGCCGGACACAAGGUCACUGUCCUGGAGGCAGCCAACAGGAUUGGGGGCCGCAUCUUCACCUACCGGGACCGGAGAACAGGCUGGAUUGGGGAGCUGGGAGCCAUGCGCAUGCCCAGCUCACACAGGAUCCUCCACCAGCUCUGCAAGAGCCUGGGCCUCAACCUGACCAAAUUCACCCAGUACGACGAGAACACGUGGACCGAGGUGAACGAGGUGAAGCUGCGGAACUACGUGGUGGAGAAGAUGCCCGAGAAGCUGGGCUACAAGCUGCAGCCCACGGAGAAGGGCCGCUCGCCCGAAGAAAUCUUCCAGAUGGCUCUCAACAGGGCCCUUAAAGAUCUCAAGACACUGGGCUGCAGAAAGGCAAUGAAGAAGUUUGACAGGCACACGCUCCUGGAAUAUCUCCUCAGCGAGGGGAACCUGAGCCAGCCAGCUGUGCGGCUCCUGGGAGACGUGAUGUCCAAGGACGGCCUCUUCUACCUCAGCUUCGCCGAGGCCCUGCGGGCCCACAGCUGCCUCAACGACAAGCUCCGGUACAGCCGCAUCGUGGGCGGCUGGGACCUGCUGCCGCGCGCGCUGCUGAGCUCGCUGUCGGGGCCUGUGCUGUUGCGCGCGCCUGUCGUGGCGAUUAAGCAGGGGACGCGCGAGGUGAGCGUGCACAUCGAGUCCUGGAGCCGGGUCCGGACCCUGAAGGCCCUGACGGCCGACGCGGUGCUGCUGACGGUGAGCGGGCCGGCGCUGCAGCGCAUAACCUUCACGCCGCCGCUGACGCGCAGGCGGCAGGAGGCGGUGCGCGCGCUGCACUACCUGCCGGCCACCAAGGUGUUCCUGAGUUUCCGCCGGCCCUUCUGGCAAGACGAGCACAUCGAGGGCGGCCACUCCAACACCGACCGCCCGUCGCGCGCCAUGUUUUACCCGCCGCCCGGCGAGGGCGCGCUGCUGCUGGCCUCGUACACGUGGUCCGACGAGGCGGCCACGUUCGCCGGCCUGAGUACCCGGGACGCGCUGCGCCUGGCGCUCAACGACGUGGCGGCGCUUCACGGGCCCAUCGUGUACCGGCUCUGGGACGGCAGCGGCGUCAUCAAGCGCUGGGGGGAGGACCCGCACAGCCAGGGCGGCUUCGUGCUGCAGCCGCCCACGCUCUGGCAAAAGGACGAGGACGACGAGCGGGAGCACGACUGGGCCAUCCCCUACGGCCGCAUCUACUUCGCCGGCGAGCACACGGCCUUCCCACACGGCUGGGUGGAGACGGCCGUCAAGUCGGCGCUGCGUGCCGCCGUGGGCAUCAACCGUCGGAACAGCCCGCCGACCAGCAGCUCGGUCAACCCCAGGACCAACGUGCACUUGGCACCGAGCCACCAGGCGUGCAACCUCGGAAGCAGGCGGGAUAGCCACUUUCCAGACUUACACGCUGUAACCCUUCGGCGCACUAGCCCAAAGAGAACCCGGUAUUAAAGUACUUUUGGAAACA